CAUGGCCCUUUACUGAAGCAUUGAUCCACGGCUUAUCUCAAUACAAGGUGGGUUUCCUGCGCGCCGAGACAAGAAGGAAUCGUCAGGCCGAUACAACCGUUCUCUGGCUUUUUCAUCCGGCUGGAGAGCGAGCAUGUUUAUUACCGUGAGAUUUGGAGACCGACAAGAGGCAAUUUUCAACCCCAACUGUAAGACGAGACUCCUUCUGGACAGCAUCAAGAGAAGAUGUAACUGUCACAAGGACAUUGACGUGGACUUGUCUGACGAACUUGGUAACGUCAAAAACCUUCAACAAGGACUUCACAAGUAUGCAAAUGAGCUUCUGGAGGAGAGAGAGAAGCUAGUUUUGCUGAGGGUUGAAAAAACAGAAGGAGCAGAACAGCCAAACUAUACCCCACUUCUCAACGACAGAGAGUCGAUAGACUCCAGAUUCCUCGCACGGUUGUCCAGCCGAGGAGACUCGUCCAGACCGGAAACGGGCCGAGGCCACCGGAAGUCGGGCGGACGAAAACGUUCGGAUGCUCCCAAGUCCAGACUUCGCGCCACCACACCCACCGGGCGGAACAGCAAGUCAAGACAGGGGAGCAAGCAUUGAGGGGGGAUUCAUGACUUACUUUUAAAGAGAUGUCAAGAAAACAGUAGUAGGUUAUAACGUAUAGCCUCCUUCACCGGUGUCUCUGGGGGGCCUUGGCGUAAGGGCCCCUUCAAGCUUCUCGGUAUAUAUUCCUUUAUGGGUACCCCCCCCCCCCCCCCCCAAAGAAAACUUACGCCAAGGCCCCCAGAGACGCCGGUGAAGGAAACAAUCAGAGAACGGUUCUAAGAAAAAGAAAAAAAUGGAAAUAGUAAAGAAGGCUCCGUCCCUGAGGCGUCACAAAAAUUGAGCACAGUGCCACAAGAACACUAUUUUACAGUGACUCAUUAAAAAAAGGCCAAGAUAGAAAGCGCUUACUAGCAUCUACCAGGUAAGAGUUGCAAUAUUUAAAUGGAGUCAAUCCUAUACUUUCUUUGCAUUACAUGUAUUAAAAAAAAAUGAAUUAUUCAACAUUUUGGUUGUAGUAUUAUACACUGCUAUAUCAAAAGUAUGCAAUAUUACUGCACAAUGUUGAUUAAAAUUAUCUAACUAG